AUGAGCUCGGUGAACUCCAUAGGCGGUCCACAGGGGCCCAAGGAUCUUUUGGAUGCAGUUCGAAAGGCCGUGGUGCGGGGCGACAUGGAUACCUUAGUGCGCCUUCGACGAGAAUUUUUAGCUGUCAGCGAAAAUGUCUCCAAGUGUAUUGAUGAAUCUGGAAAUACGCUGGUUCAUUUGUCGUUGGGCAAAAAUACAACUAUGCUGGCGUAUACCGUUACUCAGCUUUCAGGAAAUGUCAAUGCGGCCAAUUUUCAAGGACGAACCCCGCUUCAUGAGGCUGUUCGAAAUAAUUAUGUCGAGUGUUGUGAGGCUCUUUUAGAUUACGGCGCCGACGACACUGUGCAGGCCGCAACGCUUUCCACGCCCUUUCACACGGCAGCUGCGUGUGGCAGCGUCGAAUGUAUGGAAAUCUUGUUGAAGCGCAGCGUUGACCCCGCUGAAAAGGUGAACGAGCUUGACAGGAACAAGUGCUCGGCACUUCACAAAAGCGCUUCGGAUGGUGAAGUUCGCGUGACGCAGUGGUUAGUGGAACACGGUGCCUUUGUGGAUCAACGGGACUUUAACGACACCACGCCUCUUCUGAUGGCCGUGAAAAUGGGCCGAAAAGAGGUGGUGGAAUACUUGAUCCGUCAAGGCGCCGCCUGCGACCUUGCAGAUAGCCAAGGCAAUCGGCCGGUUCACUUCUGCGCUAUUCGCUGCGAUUACAACAUUCUCAAACUUCUUGUGGAUGCCAAAGCCGCUGUGAACGUUCAAAAUGGUGAAUUGAACACGCCUCUUCACCUUGCGGCUAUUUAUCAGCGGCCAAAUUCAAAAGAGUGGGAAAACCUCAUCGCAUUUCUACUAGAUUCGGGAUGUGACCCUUUGCUGGAGAACGCUUCCCGUAAAAAGCCAGCGGACUACAUUGGACGUAACCUGAAAAAACUCUUCUCAAAGGAGGAGGCGGAGAAGCGUCGACAAAUAAAAGCACAAAAAGAGGCUGAGGAGGAGGAGGAGCUCAAGAAGUUACUGGAGUUGCGCGGUACGUGGAAGGCAACAGUCACGGCGAACUUGGAAAAGGUGAAGCGCAUGCAAAAAGACGAAGCGGACCGUUUGCACCGAGAGGCGGAGGAGCGGCUCCGCGCUGAGGAUGACGCACGUUUGCUUUUGGAUGAGGCAAUUGAGAGACGACGGUACCAAGAGGAGCAGCGGAGAAGGCGACAGGACUCCGAAGAAAAGGGCAAAGACAACGGGAGAAAAUAG